AUGAUCGACACUGCUCUCCCUGUGCUCGACGUCCAGCCGCUCAACAGCUACAACGUCGCGCAGCUCCAGUACGCGCUCGAAGACGGCAAGUGCCUCGCCCUCGACGCCCUCCCCGACGCCCACGCCCUCGCCCUCUAUCCCGCCGCAGUCCUCACCGCCCACGACAUCGACUACGACUACGACGCACGCCGCAUGUCCACGUCCGCCACCUCGGACAGCAGUCUCCAGUCUCGUCCAGAAAAGCGCGGUCCCUCGCCCAGCGACUCGCCCCUGCCCAAGAAGCCCCGUCCCGACAUUUCGCUCGACCCAAAUUCGUGGUCGAACCCAAACACACCCUCGCCGCGCCCGCACGCAGAGCCAGAACACCGGCCCGACGCAGACACCGCACGCGUCCAGCUCCCGUCUCUCGCGUCCACCUUCCACGACCGCUACGAGCGGCGCGCGUCGCUCCCGACGCUGUACUCAGACAACCCCGCGUCGCGUCUCCGCCUCCCCCCUCCCGGUCACCGCCCGACCAACUCCUCGUCGGGGCUCGCGUCGUACCAGUUCCCUACCUCGGAGAGCGCAGAAAGCACCCGCUCCUCCGGCCUCUACGAGUAUCCCGUCUCCGGCUCGACCCUCCCCCAGGCAGGCUCGAGCUCGUCCUUCAAUUUCUCGCCCCUCCAGACAGAGUACUCGCGCUCGUCCGGGCUCUCGUCGUCCAUCUCCUCCGAGUCGGACUGGUCCGCAGGCGGCAUCGUCCGCCCAAACUCGACGCCCGGCAACCUCGCGGGCGUGCCUGGCCUUAAGUACGACGACGCGCUCCGCCAUCCCUCCCUCGGUUCGCAGGAUCUGUUCGCGGGUGUGACCCGGAUCUCGGGCCAUCACGCCUCGACAGAUCGCGGUGCGCGUCAAUCGUCCGGCAUUAAGAGCGAGGAGUGGUCCUUCCCCUCCAACGACUUCAAUAUGCACCCGCCCACCAGCGCGCCGUCAUACCCCUCCACGCCGUCCACCUCCGCGUCUGCCAUGGCCUCCUCUGCCUCCGCACCCAACAUGUCCGGCACCAGCUCCCCCACCCGCUCGCCCCAGUCCGCCGCUUCUGCCGCGAGCCUCGUCGAGCGUCCGCCCCGCAAGCGCGGCAAGCUCCCCAAGCCCGUCACCGACUUUCUCAAGGACUGGCUCCACCGACACUCGGACCACCCGUAUCCCAGUGAGGAGGAGAAAAAGCAGCUGUGUCAUGCCACUGGUCUCAGCAUGAGCCAGGUGUCCAACUGGAUGAUUAACGCACGACGACGCAUCCUCGCACCGGCACAUCGCGCCGCACAAGGUCCGACGACGACAACGCCGUUCAGCUCGCGCCCGGGCCCCGGCGUCGUACCGAGCGUGCUCGACACCGGGCGGCGCGCGUCGAUGCCGACGGACAGCCUACAGCUGUACUACCCCAUGUCCCUCCAGAGCCUCAGCGGCGACCCACAUAUGCCCGCGAGUACGCGGCAUAUGGUGAACAUGUCGCGCAGUCUGUCGAGCAGCAAUGCCACCGCGGGCAGCUUCGGCCAGGGCCACCACGGGCACGGUAGCAGCCCAUAUGCGCCCGAAAGCGCGUACUCCACGAGCCACUCGCGGAUGGGCUACGGUGGGAGCGGGCUGAGCCACUCGCACGGGCACGGGAGCUCGAGCUAUGGGAUGGGGAUGUCGAUGAGCGCGGGCAGCGGGCUGUCGUCAGGGAGCUCGAGCUUCCUCGGCUCGUCGCAGAAUCAGCUGUACGGUCACUCGUCGGGCGGGUACACGCAGAGCCCGCAGAGCGGCACGCGGAUGACGAUCCACCAGGAGGACAGCCAGGCGCGGUAUACGUUCCCCGACCACUCCGUGUCGCCGCAGCCUGGGCCGGGCUCGGGCUACGGCACCCCGCAAUAG